AUGUGCCACGCCUGCCACUGUACCUGGUGCCAACGCGAGACCGGCUCCGCCUUUGUCCUCAAUGCCACGAUCGAGCUUUCUCGCUACACCAACCUCGGCGCAGACCCUAUUCUUACAAACAUCCCCUCGGCGACAGGUCAGGGCCAGUGCAUUGCCCGCUGUCCCAAGUGCUACAUCGCCGUCUGGAGCGUCUACGGUGGUGGGUCUGAUAUGCCGUUGCGCACAGUCCGCGUCGGCACGCUGGACGACCCAAAUGUCUGUCCGCCGCAAUGUCACAUCUAUACAUCGACGAAGCAGAAGUGGCUGAAGCUGCAGGACGGGCUGCCGGAACACGCGGAGGAGUAUGACAGAGAAAAGUACUGGGACAAGGAGAGCCUUGAGAGGAUGGCCAAGGUGCGGGAGGAGAUUAAGAGGCUGAAGGAGGAGGGGAAGAAUGUCAGUCUGUAG